AACAUUUUUUUGAUAUUAUAAAUUAAAAUGUUCUCCUUAAAGUGUUUGCUAAAUUCUGCCGAAAGUCAUUGCCUCCAGGCUAUGCGUCAUUAUGGCAAACACAACAAAAAAUUCCUCUACAAAGAUGGCCAGAAAUAUGGAAACAUUAUUUACUAUCCAAGAACCCCUGAUCAUCAAGAUCCCCCAAUUGAACCGGCAAAAUUGUUUCGUGUUCAGCGUAUUAAACCCGUCAAAGGUAAUCCCUACUGGGAGAAACGUCUCUUAAAGGAAUUGGGUUUGGAUGGCAAACAAGGUGAUUUUACCGUUGUGAAAAAUAUUCCCGAAAACAAUGCACGCCUCUGGAAGAUAAAGCAUUUGAUCAAGGUGACACCAGUCACAUUCCCUCAUGGUGAACCCACAGAAAAUGAUAUCAAACACACUGUACUCAAGGAGAAUGGUGAAUGUAUAGUGACCAAAGAAAUUGGUCCCGUUGAAGACAGAAUACAAGCAUUGGAAACAUUCGAAAGUGAUCCCAAACGUUUGGAUACGGAUUUAUUGAAAAAAGAUGCACGUUUGAAAUGGCAAAAUCCAUGGUAGA